AUGCAUUUCAAAACAAAAACUUCUGCUGCCCUACUUGAUAUCAAGAUUGAUCGAGAAAUAUUGGAUUCAGUUACAGUUGCCCUUAAAGAAUGUUUGUUUCUUUCAUAUCAGAAUAUGCAGAAUAUUAUUCUAUUGUUUUCUAUUGCUGUUCAGCAUCUGAUUGCAGAAGUCAGUGAAAUUAUGACUAAUGAUACUGUAGAUAAGGCUGGUUUAUGGAAAAACAAACUCAUUGAUCAGUCAUUGGAGCUUUUAGAUUAUUUACCUCAAGCAAUUCAAGACAUUUGCUUCUUGAAAGAGAUCCACAUGGAAAUGUUCAAGGUUUACUUUAAUAAAAUACAAUGCUUCUAUUUUGAGGAGCAGCAACUAAUUCUUGGAGAGCAGAUUGAUAUGCCAUUAAGUAGUUUUCUCAGUCUGAACUCAAGUAUGGGAAAAGGAGCCAUAUCCAGUAGCGGGGACAACAACCGGGAUGCAUAUUUGAAUAUGUCGAUUGCAGUUCUUGCUACCCUUUGUCGUGUUCCAGAGAUUAUAUCCUCUGAAGACUUGAUUUCCAAGAUCCCAGUGAUAUUGGAAGUAAUUUCCACCCAGUAUAAUGUUUUUCUUUUCUUUCGCAUUACUUAUUCUAAUUUCCACUAUCGCUGUGUCAACGAGUCUCUCAGCCCCUACACAUUUUGUUCGCUAUUCUCACAGUCAACUAUAGUAUUUCCUUUCUUAACUGAUCCGUUAAACCAAACCUGCUUUACAUGUACCUCAGGAACCAAACAUGUUCUUUUCAAAGAGAAAAGGGAACGAGAAGGAAAUUCUAAUCGCUUCUUUUCAGUUUACAAAUGUUUCCAAAAAACUGAACAUGUCAGCUUUACUAGGUGGCAUGGAAUCAUUGGAAGACUAGUUCAAAAGAAGAUAACUGGGCUAUAUGGAACUGAAUUUCUUGUUUUUUCAGCAUGCUUUUCACUCAACAAUACAAUGCCGAAAAAAGGACAACCUUUGAUCAUUAGCAAUAACGGAGCAAGUGGCGUUUAUCCAGGUUCUACCAAUCUUGCUUAUCAACAAGCAAUAGACGAUGGAGCUGACAUUAUAGAUUGCUCGGUUCAAAUGACAAAAGAUGGAAUUUCAUUCUGCUCAAAUACAGCAGACCUAAUGGCAGAUACAACUGCUAUGACUAAAUUCAUGUCGCGGACUUCCAAUGUUCCAGAAAUUCAACCAAAUAGUGGAAUUUUCUCCUUCGAUCUCACGUGGAACGAGAUCCAAAGCUUGCAACGUAAUGCUUCCGUUUGA